UGAUUCCAUAUCUGUUUUUCAUGGCAACAGUCCCGUUGCCUAACUGCUAGCUAGCUAGCGGAGUUAUUUCAAUUCUGGUAUUAGGAACACUUCGCCGGCUUUUUGUGAGAGCACGAUUGGAGAUUUGAGCCUAGAAAUAUCGAUUGCAAACACUGCAGUCGUAGUAAUCUUGUUUUUGAGCAAUGGCAGUUUAAAAAAAACCUUUCGCCCCUGUUUGUGCAUCAAAAUCAGACUUGCAGAGGGCAGUGGUUUGAUAGCCUGUAGCAUAGCUUUCUGGCUAGCCUGCUUGCUAGCUAAAGAAAGCAGUGUCAGACUGGGUGUGAAUGACAGACGCAGGGAACAGAGCUGUGGCCCACAGUCUCCGUGGAUAAUGCACAGUCAUGGUGCCUUGCCAGACCCAUGUGAUGUUGAAAUGGCAGGAGCACCUGAACAGCGCCUGGGCGGCGGAGGACAGCGUGCAGACGGCCACGCGGUGCGGGGCAGGCGCGCUCUACGCCAAGCUCCUGCAGAGUAAGGAGGUGGUGGCGCUGGCCCAGCCCGUGCAGGACCUGAUGGGGCCGCGCCUGCCGGACUUCCAGCACGAGAGCAGCGCGGCGGAGGAGCGCGAGGAGUACCUGUCGGCGCUGCUGCUGGCCCAGCGCUGCCUGGCUCGCCGCUCGCUCGCCUGCACGCCCUUCGCCCUGGCGCUGCACCACAGGCUGGUGGUGCUCCAGCGCAUCUACUACGCCCUCCACAGCAAGUACCACGAGCGCUUCCGGCCCGCGCCCCCGCCGCAGCCGGCCCAGAGCGGCGCCGACAGCGGAGCGCUGGAGCCGGCCGCCGAGCCCUGGAUGCCGGGCCCGCGGGCCAGGUCGGGCACGGACGUGCUGAUCGAGAUGGGCGUGCGGACGGGGCUGAGCCUGCUGUUCGCGCUGCUGCAGCAGAAUUGGCAGCGGGGUCAAGAGGUCACGGGCACAGCGGCGGGCAGCGGGGUGAGCUCGGGCGCGGAGCUGUGCAACGACGUGCUGGCCACCGCCUCCUCGGUGCUGGCCUCCCUGCCGCCGCUCUCGCUGGCCAACGAGAACAAGAUCCCCAGCGUGGGGCUGCACUGCCUGGCGCAGGUGGGCGACUUCCUGAAGCGCACGGCGGUCAGCGGCUCGGGGGCCGACCGCGUGGGCAAGAGGCUGGCGCUGGAGCUGCUGCUUGGGCUGGCGCUACAGAGGGGCUCCCUGCGCUUCCUGCUGGAGUGGGUGGAGGUGGCUCUGGCCGCCUCCUCCUCCUCCUCCGGCGAGGGAGGGGGCAUUGGGUACGAUCUCAUCCAUCAGACCUUGCUUCAGAUGAGGCAGUACUCGGGUUUCCGAGGCGAAUCGGUGAACACUCAGGUACUGAAGAAGGACGCGGACGGCCUGUGCAGCCUCUCCCACGUCGCCCUGUGCCUCUUUGAAGAGAUCUGCAACCUGGCCUCCAACUGCCUCUGCUCCUGCAGCACGGGCACAGGCAGCGCGGGCACCGAGGGCGACGCCGUCCGCGUCUACGUUUGGGGCAGCAACAGCAGCCACCAGCUGGCCGAGGGCACCCUGGAGAAGAUCCUGCAGCCCAAGCUAGCACAGGGCUUCAGUGACGCCCAAAUGAUCGAGGCGGGGCAGUACUGUACAUUCUCGGUGUCAGCUGACGGCUCGGUGAAGGCCUGUGGUAAGGGCAGUUAUGGCCGCCUGGGCCUCGGCGACUCCAACAACCAGUCGAUGCCCAAGAAGCUGGUGCUGGACCCGCCCCGGAGCAUGCGCAAGGUGUCGUCCUCCAAGGGCUCGGACGGACACACGUUGGCCGUCACGGGCGAGGGCGAGGUCUUCAGCUGGGGCGACGGAGAUUACGGGAAGCUGGGCCACGGCAACAGCGCCACCCAGAAGUACCCUAAGAUCAUCCAGGGACCACUACAGGGAAAGGUUGUGGUGUGUGUGUCUGCGGGAUACAGGCACAGUGCAGCCGUGACCAAUGACGGCGAACUCUACACGUGGGGAGAAGGAGACUUUGGCCGACUAGGUCACAGUGACAGCCACAGCCGCAACGUCCCCACUCUGGUGAAGGACAUCAGUGGUGUGGGCCAGGCGGCCUGCGGGAGCUCCCACACCAUCGCAGUGGCUCAGGAUGGACGCAUCGUCUGGUCUUUUGGAGGAGGAGACAAUGGUAAACUAGGUCACGGAGAUACUAAUCGUGUGUAUCGGCCCAAGGUCAUUGAGGCCCUGCAUGGAUAUAUUAUCAGGAAAGUUUGUGCUGGCAGCCAGUCCUCCCUCGCUUUGACCUCAGCUGGCCAGGUGUUUGCGUGGGGCUGUGGCUCGUGCCUCGGUUGCGGCUCCUCUGAAACCACAUCUCUUCGGCCACGCUUGAUUGAGGAGCUGAGCAUCACCAAGAUCAUUGAUAUCUCCUGUGGGGAUAGCCACUGUCUGGCCCUCUCUCAUGAAAAUGAGGUGUAUGCCUGGGGAAACAACGCCAUGGGGCAGUGUGGCCAGGGCCACACGUCUACGCCUGUCACCAAACCUAAGAAAGUGAUUGGCUUAGAGGGAGUGGCCAUCCAGCAGAUCACCGCAGGAACCUCCCACAGCCUCGCUUGGACCGCAGUUCCUACAGACAGGCAGUUGGUGGCUUGGCACAGGCCGUUUUGUGUGGAUCUCGAAGAGAGCACGUUCACCUACCUGCGCAGCUUCCUGGAGCGCUACUGCGAUGGCAUCAGUGGGGACACGCCCCCAGCCCCCUUCCCCUCUAAGAGGGAGCAUCAUCAGUUUGUGUUGCUGUGCAUGAAGCUGCUGUCCAUCCAUCUGUCCCUGGCCCAUGCGGGCGGCACGGGAGCCACGGUCCUGGGGGCCCAGGGGAGGCCCCUGCGCAACCUGCUCUUCAGGCUCAUCGAUUCCAGUGUUCCAGACUCAAUACAACAGGCAGUGAUGAACACACUCUCCAUCGGAGCAUCUCUACUGCUGCCGCCCCUCAGGGAGAGAACUGAACUCCUACACUCACUCCUACCUCAGGGCCCAGAGAGCUGGGAGAGCCUCUCUAAAGGCCAGCGUCUGCAGCUGGACAUGGUGCUGAACAGCCUGCAGGAGCAGUCCCACGUGGCCUCCCUCCUGGGCUACAGCUCUCCCGGGGAGCUGAACGCUGGCCUGCCCCCGCCCCACUCCCCUGACCAGCUCCCGCCCAGUGCCAACUCUCCAGACCAGCUGCACCUGGCGGAGGUCUUGCUCAAGACCCUGCUGCUCAGCAUCGGAUUCUACACGGAGCGUGCCUUUGGGGAGCUGGAGAAGAACAGCGACAAGCAGCGGGCCAGCCAGGCCAAGAGGCAGACGGAGCCGCCGUCACACUUCCACCACCUCCUGUCUGCGCUGCACAAACACCUGCUGGCCCACUGCUUCAUCUACACCAACACAGAGGACGACAGCAGUGUGACGCUGCUCCACAAGCACUUGUGUCUCCUGCUACCUUACGCCGCCGAGACCUUCAGAAGAUCCACCAUCCUGCUGGAGGAGAGCUCACUGGAUAAGCACGUCAUCCAGAAACUGCACACGGUGCUGUGUGGCUCGGUGGCGGGGAGCCUGCUGUGCCAGGUGAUGUACUCUCUGCUGCUGCUGCCGCUGGGGGUGGUGCGCCCGCUGCUGCCUCACCUGCUCUCUUUGCUGGAGCACCUCAACGAGCUCAACUGCUUCCUGCCCGCCACAGGCCUGCUCGAGGACCUGGAGCUGGAGGGAUCCUCUCCUGAGGUGACCGAGGGGGCGGGAUCAGCCACAGGGGCCGAGCCAGAGGAUUGGAUGUGGCUGCUGGACCUGGAGAGGACCGUGGCACUGGCCAUUGGUCGGUGUCUGGGGGGCAUGCUGCAGGGGCCGCCCCCUUCCAUCCAGGAGAAGACAGCGGAGUUCUGGCUGUGCAACCCACUGCUGAGGAACGGUCUGGAGAUGGACUUUGAGCAGCUAGACUUUGCCACCGGCUGGCUGACGGAGGCCAUCCUGCUGGGCUGCCCCGACGCCAGGCUGGCAGACCUGGGCCUGAGCGAGGAGGGCACCAUGCUGGUGGACCUGGCGCUGGGCUCCGGGCGGGAGCCGGCCAGCGGCCUCUGGAGGAAGAUGAAGGAGUACGCCAUCAGCCGAGACUGGGAUAACGGCGGCCCUCCAGGUGACUCCCUGCUGGAGACGGCCUGCCGGUGCAGUCUGGCUGUUCUGCUCAAACACACUGGCCUGCAGGACGAGGCCUACUGGCAGGACAAGUAUGAGCCAUGUGAGAUGCUUAUUGAGAUCUACGAGAUGGUGUACAAGAUCCGCAACACACUGCUGUCACUCAAAGAGAGCAUAGCGAACACGGGCAACCCACCAGCCACAGUUUCCAACAAACAGAGCUCGCUGAGCUCCCAGAGCCCCAGCGAGGACUGUCAGGAGCCGGGCCCGUCUGGUGAGCAGAGCCGGCGAGAGGCCGGGGCCCAGGGCCCCUCGUCCGAGCACAACCAGGACCAGGAGCUGCCCGAGGAGGAGACGCCCAGCAUCAGCAGUAUGUACCUGCCGGAGGUGCUGCAGUGUUUCUUGGCCACAAGGGAGGCCAUGCAGCUGCAGCAGAACGAGACGGUGUACGAGUCGUCCGGCACCAGCACGCUGCCCAGCAGCACUGAGAGCCCCGGCACGCCCGAGCGCGAGCCGCCGCCCAGGCAGUGGGAGCGCGGCCGCCCCCCCGACCACGCCCUGUCCUUCCCAGCCGCCUGCCACCUGCUGGUGUCCCGCUGCGUCUUCCUGCUGCUGGGGGUCCGCGCCGCGUGGCAGGAGCCCACCGAGGCCGCCGACUUCCAGGCCGAGAGUGACCAAUCGCGUAGGUCUCCUUCAUCUAUGGAGUCCCAACCCUUCCUCAGCCCAAUGUCAGAGUUCAGGUUCUCCUCGGAGUCCAAGAGACAAGGAGAGACCGCAGAUCAAUCAAAAGUGUCCACAAGGUCCUUUAAGAACAAAAUGGGGCUGCCCCUGUGCUCUCUGGGCAUCAUGAAAGACGCGUGGGAGCGCCUGCGGCAGUGCAUCAGCCCCAGCGCCACGCUGUGCCCGGCCGGCCCGGGCUCGCCCAUCCUGGGCCAAGUCUUCCACUUCCUGUGCGGCAGCCUGCUGCGCACCUCCGCCCUGGUGGAGCGCGACGCCGGCCUGCAGGCCGACCCCAAGGCCAUCACCCUGGCCAUGGCCCAGCAGCAGCAGAGGGCAGAGGUGCGGCUGGAGGCCUUGUGCCAGAUCUCCACAUUCCUGCACGAGAUGGAGGAUAAGAGCAGUGGCUCCACAGCGCCCCCACGCUUCCCUGGCCUCCUGCAGUCAGUGCAACUGCAGUUCCUGUCGGGCUGCUUCGGUCUGGGCACCCCCACCUCAGGCAGCCUGUCCAGCCCCCCAGAGAAGCUGCAGCACUACACUUCUGGGACACAGUCAGCUCAGAUGAGCACUCAGAGGGAGCUGCAGUCUGCUGCUCACACACUCUACCAGCAGCUGGUGCGCGUCCUUCGCCAGAAGGUGGCGCUAGAGAAAGAGCAGACAGGAGCCUACCAGCACCUCCUGCUGGCCACGGUGUUUGCGCUCAACUUCCACUACCAGCCAGUGGACCUGGUGGUGAUGAUCCGCAGCGGCCUGCUGGAGAUCCUCUCCUGCCUGACCGACAGCACCUGCGUGCUCAUGAACCAGCGCUGGCUGGCCGCCUCCGUCUCUGGACACAUGCUGCUGAGCGGAGCGGUCAAGCUGGCCAGUGCCCGUCUGCUGCAGAUACUUGCCAUCGCCGCCAGCUCUUAUGAGGAAGCCCUGCCUCUGGAGGUGUCCCAGGCUCUGAUGGACGUGAUGUGCGACCAGCUGCAGGGGCUCCUGCUCAGCGUCCGGCAGCAGGAGGCGCUAGAGAGCAGCAUGGUGGAGCAGCCUGAGUCCCACGGCAGCAGCGCCAAGCACAGGCUAGAGAAGGUGGAGGCGGUGCGGAGCAGCAGAGUAGUGGAGUCCCAGCUCGCUGACUUCCUGGUCUUCCUGAGACGCAUCCUGUCACUACGAGUCACCAAAAGAGUCUCCACCUUCAUCAAGUGGAUUGACCCGCUUAUGACAAUCAUUUCUUACAAGUGCACUGCAGGGACUCCAUGUUUCCGGAACCUGCGAACCAAGCUGCUGGCCUUCCACAUUCUGGAGGCGUUGUUACCCGCCUGCUCUGAGCCAGUUCAUGUCAAACAGAUUGUCGACCAACUCUUUGGACUUUUGUCCACGUUCAUGUGGGAAGAGCCUCUGGCGGUACGGAAGAAUCUGGAAGCUCUCCCUGAGGGCUGCAAAAGGGAGAGCAUGAGUGAGGACGAGUGCAUUCCGAUUGGAGACUUCUCGUUUGACCCGCACAAGUUGACGUGCUGCUCGCUGGAGAGCGGGAACGUGCUGGCCCACGGAGCCGGAGGGAAAGGCUACGGCCUGGCCACCACCGCCAUCACGUCCGGCUGCUUCAUCUGGAAGUUCUACAUCACCAAAGAGAACAAGGGCAAUGAGGGCACCUGCAUCGGCGUGUCGCGCUGGCCCAUCCGUGACUACAACCACCGCACCACCACGGACAUGUGGCUGUACCGCGCCUACAGCGGCAGCCUGUACCACGGCGGGGAACUGGGCCGUGCCCUGCCCUCCUUCACCCAGGGGGACACCAUCACCUGCAUUCUGGACAUGGAGGCCCGCACCAUCUCCUUUGCCAAGAACAACAAGGAGCCCAAGCUGGCGUUUGAAGGAGUGGAUGCUACCGAGCUGUACCCCUGUGUCCUCUUCUACAGCAGCAACCCUGGGGAGAAGGUGGCGCUGUGCGACCUGCAGAUGCGGGGCAUGCCCAGUGACCUGCUGGCUGGAGAGCCGCUGUGCAGCCCCAGGGCCACAGUGCUGCUGGAGGCCACCGUCCAGCUCCUGAGACGCCUGCACCAGGUCGAGGGCUGGACCAGCCACAUCAACCAACACAUGCAGGCCCGUCUGGAGCUCAUCGCCCCGCUGCUCAGAGAUGGAGGCGCCCACAGACAGGGCCACAGCCCCAAAGGUCCAGAGGAGGGUGCCGAUCAAGAGCGCAGCGGGCCAGAGAGCGGAGGCUCCACGGGCCGCGUUAUGGAGCUGGUCACAGGCCCUGCGGGGCUCUCGGAGGCCCAGCUGAAUGCCCUGUGCACAGAGGUGUGGCCCGUGCUAGCCCUGAUCGGCGGGGUGGACAGUGGGCUGCGGGCAGGAGGGGUGUGCCUCCACAAACCCAGCGGGCGCAGGGCCACACUGCUGGGGGUGCUCAAGGAGGGCAGCCCACUGGCCAAGCUCCAAUGGGAGGAGGCUGACCUCACUGUCAGCUCCCUGAAUUCUUGGUCACCCAGCGACACACCGCUCUCGUCCCUGGAGCCGUGCGACGUGCCCCAGCUGGACAUCUCGCUGCUCCGCGGCCUGCGUCCGGCCGUGCUGCUGGACCUGCUCCUGCUCACCGGCCUGCUGGAGGAGCCCGAGGGGCCCGGGGCCCUGCGGAGGGGCCGCGCCGAACCGGACCCCACCACCACCACCACCGCCGCAGCCACACAGCGCAGUGAGCUGGAGCGCCGGCUGGACGAGGACAUUGCCCGGGUCAUGCAGGACGAGGACACCCAGCAGACCCCGGCCGCAUCCGCCGCCGUGCCCAGGGAAGGAGAGGAGCCGGCCGGGGAGGAGGGAGCCAGACAGCCGGAGGAGCCUCCGGAGCAGAAGGCCUCUCCGAAAACCCCCAGGACUCCAGGAGCGGAGCCCGAGGCCUUCGCCCCUCUGCCCACCCCGACUCACCCGUCGCCUCGGCCCGACCUCUUCGCCCUGGAGCUCCGCGCCGUGCGCCUCUCCUACCUCCUCCUGGGCGCCCUCAAGUCGCUCGCGGUCAUCCUGGGCAGCGGCCGGCUGGCCGACCUCCUCCUGGUGCAGCGGCCGGACGCGUCGUCCUCGUCGGGGCCCUCGUCCGUAGCCGAGGGCGCCCAGAGCCCCCCUCCUGCAGAGGACGGGCCUGAGCUCCGCUCCGUCCUGCAGUUUGUGGUGCGGAGCAUGGUGAAGUGGGCCGUGCGACCCUGCCCCAUCAAACACCCCGUGGCCCUGGCCGACCUGGAGAGGGCGCAGGUGAUGAUCUACAAGGGCGUCCUCAACAGGCUGCACCUGGAUGGCAGCGGCAAAGACCACAGAGAUCUGGGGCCGCACUCGGCCUCGCAGCCCGUCUCCAAGUCCUCCAGCUCGGUGUCGCUCUACAGCAACGGCUCCGACGGCACCGCCGCCUUCGGCCAGUCGGCCUCCUCCUCCACCAACGACCUGGCCAACUCUCUGCUGACCGCAUUGCAGGCGGACGGCCUAGAGAACUUUAACCCUUUCCUGCCCAUCAACUUGCUGCAGCGGAUGGUGCUAGCGCGCUUCCCCACGCUGGCAGGGCUGGUCCAUAACCCCACGCUGCCCCCAGGCCUCAGCCUGGCCAGCUCCGCUUCCUGUGAGGGCUUCACUGAGCAGCAGACCAGCUUCCUGGAGCCCUGCGGACAGACCCGCACCCCCAUGGAGCGUCCUCAAAUGUUUGUCCCCGUUCGCUUGCUAGAAAUGGGCUUCUCCAUGAGGCAUAUCUACAAGGCCAUGGAGGCGGCAGGCGUGACGGGGGAAGUUGACUCGCGCACCAUCGAGGUCCUGGCCAGCUGGAUGCUGGAGCACCCUCUGGCCGACGAGCCCCAGCCUGGAGAGGGCACGUCUGCAGCGGGCGCGGUGGACACGCCGUCCCCGGAUGGACCGGAGACGGUGCAGUGCCCCGAGAGUCCAGCCCCGCUCAACCUGCAGGAGAACAGGGAGCCCAGCGAGAGUCUGUUGGCUGGCCUUGACCUGGUGGAGAGGGAAAACUUCUUGGAUGUGCACCUGACCCGGAACAGGCCACCACCUGCCCGUCGCCAGAGGUCCAGUCUGGGCCAGAGAACGUCCUUCAGGAGAGCAGAUUCUCCGUCGCCCAAUCCGCUGCCGGCGCUCUACAGGCAGGAUGUGGGCGUGGCCGAGUGGCCAGAGCGGGCGGAGACACAUCCGUUCGCGGCUGAGGAGGAGUCGGAGCUGGGCUACAUGGACGACUCCUACCAGGAGGAGCCCUUCGAAGAGCUGCUCAGUCCAGAGUUCAUCAGCUCUGAGAGGGACACCCUGUGGAUGGUGGAGGGAGGAGAAGAGCACCCGGAGCCUCAUGAGAUGGUGGAGUGUGAGCUGUGCAGCACUCUAACCCUGCAGUUCAACAACCACAUGAAGCGUCACCACCCAGGCUGCGGACAAAGCGCCGGCCGCUGCGGUUACCGCAGCAACGGCGCCUACGUGGACGGCUGGUUCGGGGGCGAGUGCGGCUCGGGCAGCCCUUACUACCUGCUCUGCAGCACCUGUCGAGAGAAGUACCUGGCCGCCAACCUGGGCGAUCUCAACUCCAAACAGGACAGAGUGCUGUGUUUCUUCAUCGUCUCUCUCAGGAAGGGGCUGGCGUCGGAUUUGAUCGGCCGAUUGGAUAGUACGUCAGAUGAUGAGUGGGAGCUGGGCAACCAGGAGGCAGCCGACGCUGACCGGCUGACCGGCCAGGAGGACUUUGGGCUGCUGUUGAGGCCACUGGGCCUGAGUGAGAAGAAGCUGGUGCCGGACCCCAUCCCCUUCACGGAGGCCGACCCGCUGGGGGCCAUCACCAGCAGCUCCCUCAGCGGAGAGUCGGCCCUGCUCCACAGAGGGGCGGUGAGCAGUGAGCAGAAGGGCUCCGCGGCUCCUCUGAGCCUGGGCGAACAGGCGGCCUCGCUGCGGGAUGCCCAGGAGAGGCUGCAGGCCCUCAGGAGGGUCACCUCCACCGCCCAGAUCCUGCUGGCCUACAGCAUGGUCAUGAGGACCCUGUCCCAGAGCACCGCUAGUCAGUCCUGCGGCCUGGAGGCUCUGGGAUUGGCCGACAUCCGCAUCCUGGUGCGGCUCAUGUGUCUGGCGGCGGCAGGGCGCGUCCACAUGGGGGCGGAGCCUCAGGGCCUCGGACGGGGCCCCGUGUCUGACCGCUCGGGCUCGGCCUUCCUGUCCUUCCUCAGCUCGGCCAUCGGCAGCCUGGUGUCCCACAGCGCCGUGGCCUACAGAGAGCUGGUGGACAUCUGCACUCAGGAUCUGAUGGCAGCUGCCACCGGUAUGAACAUCAGUGCCAUCAGUGACCCUCAGCAGCGGGCACGCCUCACCCUCUCUUUGAAGGGCAGCCCCCGCGAGCCCAAAGAGCUCACACCGCCCACCUUCCUGGUCACCCAGAGCCUGGUGUCCCUGCUGACGGAGAAGGGCAUCCGCUACAGAUACACCGCGGAGCGCAGCGACUCGGACGCUAAAGAUGUGACGAGCCCUGCUGCAGCGGUGUCUCCAGCUCAGGUGGGGGUGCGCGUGGGUCCGCUGGAGUUGGCCAACGCUCUGGCCGCCUGCGCCCUCUCAGCCCGGCUGACCAGCAAGCACCGGCAGUGGGCCGCGCAGCAGCUGGUCCAGGCCCUGGCCGCCUCCGAGAGGGACAACCCCAUCCGCCCGCAGACCUACAGCGACAUGGCAGGAGACCUGCGCAAGUGUCCACUCCGCAAGCUGGAGGGCCAUCAGAAUAGGGUGACCAGCUGUAGUUGGAGUAAUGCUCAGAGCCUUCUAGCCACCAGUGGUCAGGACGGGACGGCACGUGUCUGGGAUGUGACACAGAAUUCGGCUGAACUGCAGUACACUCACACCUGCGCCCUUAGUGAGGACACGCACAGCUCCGACUCCUCUCUGGGAGCCCACCUGCUCUCUCCGGUGUUCUGGAGUCCAGGGGGGACGUUGUUGGCUGCCUUCCAGAGCAAACAGAUCAGCAUAUGGAGUGUCAACGGCUCCCAGGCGUGUGUGGUGGAGGCCCAGAGCUCGUGGGUGACCGCUCUGUCCUGGGUCCAGUCCUCGGCGCCUUUCCCCAGCCAGGGCGGUGCCAGCCCCUGCAGCUCCCCCGAGUCUCUGCUGGUGGGCCGGCUGGACGGCUCCCUCUGCUGGCUGGAGGUCUCUGAUGGCCUGCGCGUGGAGAGCACCGAGCUGCCGCGCUGCCAGAGGAAAGAGAGUCCUCAGUGUAUUGCCUGGCACAGUGUAGAUAAGCCUUUCGCUGUGGGAUACCCUGAUGGCAAAAUCCUCCUGGCCACAGCUCAGGGCUAUGAGACAGAACAGCCUGUACUGCUCACAGCAUUCCCUGAGGGCAUCAGCCUGCUGAAGUGGGACCCCACGGGUCACCUGCUCCUGUCGGUGGGUCGCUCGGAGAUGGUCAAGAUCUGGGGCCGCGUCGGCGGAGGCUGGAGCACGCUGCACUCACUCUUCCACACGGGUGCGGUCAACGCAGCCGAGUGGUGCCCACUACCCGGCAAAGGUCCAGAGCCACGCCUCAUGAUGGCAGUUGGAUGCCAAAAUGGUCUCCUGUACGUGUGGACUCUGCCACAGGGUGGCGCCAUUGUAUCACUUCCUAGUUUCCUCAGCUCCUCCUCAAGCCAGGAGAAGAGUGGCGGCGUCAAGCGUGGUAGUGCCAAGUGUGUGUUUAGGCUGAGUGGCCACAUCACAGCCGUGAAGACUCUGUCCUUCUGCCCCGGUGGCAUGGCACUGGUUUCUGGGGGCAUUGGAGGUCUCCUCAACAUCUGGUCCCUUAGGGAUGGCACAGUCCUUCAGACUGUUGUCACAGGUCUGGGCUCAGUGGUCUGUACCACCUGGAUUCCUAAUGUGGGGGUGGCAGCCUGCUCUGGCAGAUCAAAGGAUGUUCUGCUGAUCCGAUGCACACCUGAGUGGAUCUCGCAGAACCAGGUGCUGGCGUCGUGUCGCUCCGUGCUCCGCUCCCAGGGCAUUCUGGGUCUGAACCGCGCCCCCUGCAUGGCCGUGCUCCUGGAGCGCCUCCCCAUCCUCCUGCAGGAGCAGUUCAACUACGAGAGGAGUCACGUGAUGGCAGGCGAUCAGCUGGUGCACAGCCCCUUCCUGCAGAGCCUGUCCUCACUGACCGUGGGCCUUGCGAUGGACCAGCUGCUAUGCCGACCACCACGGCCCCUGCACCAUGCCGGUGGCGAGGCGGACGGCUGCCCACUGGAGUGGACCUGGCUCGCCACCUUCUCCACCACCGUCAAGAGCGCCGAGGCCUUCGCCCGCGGCAUUGGCUUCCCUGAGUCCUUCACCGUGCCAGAGUUCCAGCAGCUUGGGGUCACCGAGGUCUCUAAAGCCCUGGACAACAGCAAGUGGAGUUUCAUGAUGGAUGAACAGCUCAUGUCGUGGGCCACAACUCGUCCUGAGGACUGGCAGCAGGGUGGUAAAAGUGAGGUCUAUCUGUGGGGUAAUGGUCGCCAUGGGCAGCUGGCAGAUGCGGGCACCAAUCUGUCUGUGCCCACCCUGGCACCUUCUCUGUGCCAGACCCAGCAGGUGGUGUGUGGGCAGAACUGCACGUUCCUGGUGCAGGCUAAUGGCACAGUGCUGGCCAUUGGAGAGGGCAGCUAUGGCAGACUGGGCCAGGGCAACUCCGAUGACCUGUACACCCCCACCAUCAUAUCAGCCCUGCAAGGCUAUGUGGUUACGCAGCUGGUGACCUCCUACGGCUCCGACGGUCACUCUCUGGCCCUGACGGAGACUGGAGAGGUGUUCAGCUGGGGUGACGGGGAUUAUGGGAAACUGGGCCACGGCAACACUGAACGGCAGAGGCGGCCCAAACAAGUAGAAGCUCUCCAGGGGGAGGAAGUGGUGCAGCUGGCCUGUGGCUUUAAGCACUCAGCUGUGGUCACGGCCGACGGGAAGCUCUUCACCUUCGGCAGCGGCGACUCCGGCCGCCUGGGUCAGAGGUCGACGUCCAACAAGAUGCUGCCCGAGCGAGUGAUGGCCCUCGAGGGCUACCACGUCGGACAGGUGUCGUGUGGCAUCAACCACACUCUGGUGCUGGCGUCUGAUGGCAUGACCGUGUGGGCGUUUGGAGACGGCGACUAUGGCAAGCUGGGCACGGGGCCCUGCACGGUCAAGUGCUACCCUCAGAAAGUGGAGCUGCUGUGUAAUAAGGGAAUAAAGAAGGUUGGCUGUGGGACCCACUUCUCCGUGGUGCUGGGCAAGGAUGGACGAGUGUACACCUUUGGUCAAGAGCGCUUGAUUGGCUUGCCAGACUCCAUGCUGAAGCACCAUAACCGGCCGCAGGUGGUGCCAGCACUGGAGGGGGUGUUUGUGGAGGACAUCGCUGUGGGCUGUGAGCACGUCCUGGCCCUCUGCUCCAAUGGAGAUGUCUACGCCUGGGGCUGCAACUGCGAGGGCCAGCUGGGCUUGGCCCACACCAACCCGGUAAAGGAGCCCGCGCUAGUGACUGCUCUCCAGGCCAAAAACAUCCGGCAAAUCUCUGCUGGCCGAUGCCACAGUGCCGCCUGGACCACACCGUCCACAUCAGCCAAAGCCUCUGCAGGCUCUCCCUCAGUGCAGCUGGGCCUGCCCCUGUCCGUGCCUCCCCAGUACAACGCGCUGAAGGACUGCAGCCCCGAGGUGCUCAACGGCCGGCUCCGCGUGCUCUACCACUUCUCCGACCUCAUGUACAAGUCCUGGAGACUGCUCAACCUGGAGCCCCGCAACCAGGUGCUGGCGUCGCGCUACAGCUCGGGCACGGCCGCCAUCGUGCAGGGUCAGCUCCGCGGGCUCCUCUCCCCCAAGGUCAACACGCUGCCCCUGGUCCGCUCCAUCGGCCGGACCAUGACCCAGGGCAAGACCUACGGGCCGCAGAUCACCGUCAAGAGGAUAUCCACCAGGGGGCGCUCCAGUAAGCCCAUCUUUGUCCAGAUCGCCAAGCAGGUGGUGGCGCUGAAUCCCACCGAGCUGCGGCUGCCCUCGCGCGCUUGGAAGGUCAAGCUGGUGGGCGAGGGAGCGGACGACGCGGGUGGAGUGUUUGAUGACACCAUCACGGAGAUGUGUCAGGAGCUGCAGUCUGGUGUUGUGGACCUGCUGAUCCACACGCCCAACAGCUCCACUGACAUGGGAAGUAACACGGACAGGUUUUUGCUGAACCCGGCCGCCGUGUCCGAGGACCACCUGGUGCAGUUCCGUUUCCUGGGCAUCCUGAUGGCGGUGGCCAUCCGCACCAAGAAACCGCUGGACCUGCACCUGGCGCCGUGGGUGUGGAAGCAGCUGUGCUCCAUCCCGCUGGGCGGCGGCGACCUGGAGGAGGUGGACCUGCUGACCUACCGCUCGCUGCAGGGCAUCCUCCACCUGGACAACAGUGGCAUCACUGAGGAGAACUUCACAGUGAUGAUCCCGCUGGACUCGUUCGUGGCCCACAGUGCUGAUGGCAAGCUUGUGCCAGUGGUCCCUGGCGGCCACAACAUCCCCCUGACCUUCUCCAACCGGACCGAUUACGUGGAGCGGGCACUGGAGUAUCGCCUGCAUGAGAUGGACCGACAGGUGGCGGCGGUGCGUGAGGGCAUGUCCUCCAUCAUCCCCGUGCCCUUGCUCUCCCUGCUGACGGCGCGGCAGUUGGAGCAGCUGGUCUGCGGCCUGCCCGAGGUCUCCGUGGAGAUGCUCAAGAAGGUGGUCCGCUACCGGGACAUCACCGACAGCCACCAGCUCAUUGGCUGGCUGUGGCAGAGCCUGGAGGAGUUCACCAAUGAGGAGCGCGUGCUUUUCCUGCGCUUCGUGUCCGGCCGCUCCCGGCUGCCCUCCAACCCCGCCGACAUCACACAGAAGUUCCAGAUCAUCAAAGUGGACCGGCCCGUGAACGGCCUGCCCACGGCCCAGACCUGCUUCUUCCAGCUGCGUCUGCCGCCGUACACGAGCCAGUCGGUGCUGGCCGAGCGCCUGCGUUACUCCAUCCACAACUGCCCCUCCAUCGACAUGGACAACUACAUGCUGUCGCGCAACACCGACGCGGCCGAGGGCUCGGAUACUGAGUACUAAAGCGGGCGUGAGCCGCCUCUGAUUUGUUGAAAGCACAAGCCUUUGUCCCUGGUGUCUGUUCUUCUCCUCCGCCUCCGCCUCGUCUCUUCCUCCUCUCACGCGGGCGCUUGUGCAAUAGAAGACCGCAGCUCGCUCGGCUGCUGCCCGGUGCAGUGGGCAGACCCCGGCACUGCAGCACCAUAGAGCGUCCGCCCCUCGCUGAUGUGAAGGGGUCCUGUCCGUUCAUAAAUCACCCCCCCUCCCUUUUGGUUUUUGCAUGGCAUUUCUGGUUGACUGUUACAAAGACAAAACAUCUUGUUUUUUUUUUUUUUGCCCUUUUAAUUUUCCCUUUGUAGGUUUGUUUUGGGUACGGAUUGUGCUCCCGCCGGACACUCUCGUGGAGGACAUCCCUCUGAACACGUAGCCUUCAUUGGCUUGCAAAGAUACGUACUGUAAUGACCAUAUCCCUCUCUGUGCCUGUGUGAAACGUUGCAGAGUGGCACUCCUAGGUCAGCCUUAGCUCAUAGGAAUGCUCUUGACCUGGGCCAAGCGUGGGAUGGCGGCGUUGCUCUCACUUGUUCUCCUUACUGCUCCCAAGCUCGUGGAGCUGUUUUGUUGUGUCGUCGAGGUGUGGACUGGGCUAAUGAUCCGCUCAUGACCUUUUGGCCUCCCCAAGCUUUUAAAGUGAGAAUGACCCAAAGAGGACGAGGGCCAGCCGAGCGGGGGGGGGGGGGGUUGGGAUGGGGGGGACGGAUGGAACUUUGGUGUUCAGUCUCACAACCAUAUGAUGUUGCUCCAUAAGAAAAAAUAUCAAAACAUGUAUUUAGGAUGAAUGUAUACUCGUGAAUGCCAUGCACAUAUGCACUCAGAUCAGUUUUCUUUUUUAAUUUGCCAAAAAAAAAAGAAAAAUCUGUACUACUGUAAUUUAUUGCAUUUAGAUGAUGGAUUUGAGUUAUUUGCAGCUAUGAAAUGGUGUGGUGUUGCAGACCAUUUUUUUAUUUUGGUUUUCCCUGCCAAUAUGAACGAGGGGGGGUUUUUAGUUAAAAAAAAAAAAAGAGCUCUUUCAUGGCAGUGCUGUGCUUGAAAGAGUCCGAAUGGCUUCUCCUGAGCUGUGGGACUUUGUGUGUUGCGGUCACCCACACUUUCCGUUCCGUGCUGCCCAUGAUCCUCCAGAGCCCAAAGGAAGCGAGGAACUGUGUAGUGGACACGUCCAUGACUACUGUGUGCUGUGAAUUACAGUAUUGGCUAACUUAUUCCUCUUUCCUUUGUCUUUUUUUAUUUCGAAGAGAGGUUUUCUACGAGAGGGGGCUUUUUUGACUCAAGGGAAGUGUGUUUGGUGGUCAGUCCCAUUAUGGUCAUUGAAGUGGCAUGGUUGUUGUGGUGUUUGCACUUUAGACUUGUAUGCAUUGUGCUUGAGCAAAAAAAAAAAAAAAAGAUAAUAACUAUAAUAAUGAAAACCUUUAAAAAGGAGAUUCUUCAAUUCAAAAGAGAGAGACAUAAAACCUUAUGGUGCUCCUUACAUCACUUGAAUUUCCUUCAUGUAAAUUGGCCUAAUCUCGUCCACAUCUGAGAUCUGCAUAGAGCUCCAUCAUCACUGCUGCCCCCUGCUGCUCAUCGGAGGUCUUGAAUCAUAGCGUUUGGGUUUUAUGAGAAAGGGGGAAGAUUCAUGUCCAGUUCAAAUGUGAGGAGCAGCAUAAGCAGUACGAUCUGUCAUGUUGGUUUCAGCUGAAGUCCAAUGUAAAUUAAAUCUUGUGUUGAAAUUUCAA